GCUCCGCGGGUAAACAGUCACAGCUGAUGAUGAAGAGGAGGAUGAAGCUGCUGCUGCAGCGGUCAUGUGACUCCCCGGCCGGGACGGCCCGUCCCCGCUAAGCUAAGCCCCGGGCAGCAGCAGAGGAUGAUGGGAGAUGGAGGCCCCGGGGCCCCCGUCCUGCAGACGGAGGGCAACGCCCUCCUGAAGGCCGUGUUCCAGGGGAAGCUGCGUCUCGCCCGCCUGCUGCUGGAGGGCGGCGCCUACAUCAACGAGGGCAACGAGCGCGGCGAGACGCCGGUGGCCGCCGCCUGCCUGGCGAGCUACGACGACCCGGCGACGCGGCAGAAGAUGGUGCGGUACCUGCUGGAGAAGGGCGCCGACCCCAACAUCCCCGACAAGACGGGCCGCACUGCGCUGAUGCACGCCUGCGCCACGCCGGCGGCCGCUGCCAUGCGGGACGUGGUGGCGCUGCUGCUGGAGAACGGCGCCGACCCGAGUCUCAAGGACUACGCCGGGUCCUCGGCGCUGGUCCACGCCGUCAACCGGGGCGACCGCCAGACGCUGCAGGUUCUGCUGGACUGCUGCAAGGCCCGCGGACAGGAAGUGAUCAUCAUCACCAGCGACACCUCGCCCUCCGGCACCAAGAAGACCCGGCAGUACCUGAACGCCCCGCCCUCGCCGGGCCUGGACCAGGUCUGCAUGUCCCCGUCCGACGUGGAGAUCGGCACCUCGUCCCCCCCCGGAGACCCGGACCGGGACGGGGGGCGGGACCAGGACCAGGACCAGGAACGGGACCAGGACCAGGACCGGGACCAGGACCGGGACCGGGGGCGGGUCUUCAGCUUCACCGCGGCGCUGCCGGUCCCUGCAGCGCGGCCCCCCGGCGAGAGGAGGCCGCCGCCGCGGAAGCUGCUGAAGAGGCUGAACUCGGAGCCCUGGGGCCUGGUGGCGUCCUCGGUCCUGGUACCCCCGGACCGGGUCGGGCCUCCGGACCAGGUCGGGGCCCCGGUCCUGACUGGGGCCCCUCCAGACCGGGUCGGGGCUCCUCCAGACUGGGUCGGGGCCCCUCCAGACCGGGUCGGGGCUCCUCUGGACCGUUUCGUGUCGGACAUGAACGGGUUGUCCAUCGCUGACCCGCCCAGACCCCCGUUGUCACGGCGACACAGCAUCGAGACCCACGACCCGGGCCCCCCCGGGCCCCUGGACCGGUCCUGGUCCGAGUCCUGCCCCCCCACGUCCGUCCUGUCCUGGGCCGACAAGGUCCAGCAGCACCAGAUCCUGUACCGCCGGAACACGGCCCCGGAGGACCCGCCCGCCCCCGGGGCGGCCCCGGCCCCAGGCGGGUCCCCGGACCCCGGCCGGGUCUCGGUUCUGGAGCGGCGGCGGUUCAACGCGUCUCCCCUGUCCCUGCUGGGCCCCGGGUCCUCCAGGGAGUCCCUGGACUCCAUCCCCAGCUCCGUGUCCCCCGUGGCGGCCCGCCGGCGGCCCCUGCUGGAGCGCCGCGGGUCCGGGACCCUCCUGCUGGACCACAUCGCCCACACCAGACCCGGGUUCCUGCCCCCCCUCAACGUCAACCCCCACCGGCCCAUCCCCGACAUCCGGGCCAACGGCCGGCCCCCCUCCCCGCCCCGGAUCCUGGUCCCGGUGGCCCCGGCAUCCCCCAAACGGGGGCCCGAGUUCUUCAAGGUGAAGAAGAAGCUGACGAGGAGACACUCCAUGCAGCCGGAGCAGAUGAAGCAGCUCAGCACUUUCCAGGAGGUCCUGGAGGGGGGGCGGGACUGA